AUGGCGACCAUGGCCAUCGCCGGGCAGCAGACGCAAAAGCGACGUCCGUCAUACGACGACGAGGACAUGCCCAUGGCGAAGAGAGCGCGCACCGAUUCCUCCCCGCAUCCAGUCGACCAGUCGAUCCCAGACUUUCGCAAUUUUCUCCAGGCUCAGGAAAAUGAGCCCACGCGGAGCAGCGAAACCAAGACCACUACCGUUGGGGACGGUCGCCUCCCCACCAUGGAGGAGCAUGCCCGCAGCGGCCUGCGUCGCAGCAUUGCGCUGGUGCUGAAGGAGGUCGGCUUCGAUAGCACGUCUGAGCCGGCCCUCGAGAGGCUGACGGAGAUGACAGAAGAAUACCUCACAGAAUUGACGCAAGAAGUCAGGCUGUUCGCCCUCGCCUCUCGGCGGACACAGCCCAUACCAACAGACUACGAGAUAAGUCUAAAGCGCUUCAACCUCGGCACCUCACUGCUCAGGCCACACCUACGACAUCCGAUUGCGAGGAAGAAGAAAAAGCGACAUCUGCUGGAGCCGACAUUCACGACGCCGGCCGCGGCUGCCACUGACGGACCGUUAGAUGGCCUGCCCUUGCUCGGUGAGGAGCUGAGCGGCAAGGCAGAGAAGGAAUCCAAGAGCUACAUCCCAGCAUCCUUUCCAGACUUUCCCAGCAUCCAUACAUAUAAAUCCACACCACAGGACGUCGACGAGGUUACGGUCAGAGGCACAGGGUUGAGGUUGCCCAACGGCGAGCUCGUCAAGGACAUGCUGGUGCCCGAAGAGCCGUAUGCGGGCGAGGCGCCGCCGAGGGCAGAUCCUAGGCGGAUGCGAGAGGCCUCGGCUCGAGAGUCCAAGUUGGCCGAGGAGGCGCUGCGCGGAGUGGUGCGGGCGAGCAAGAUCAACACGCUCAAGGAAGCGAGGUUGGCGGCGCAGCGGAGCCGGAUGAGCCGCAAUCGCUACGACUUUUGGGAGGAGAGCAUGCGCGACCUGGUCGAGGAUGCGUGCGGCGGCAGAAAAACGAGCGGUGACGAUGUCGGUGGAGGUAAUGACGGUGAAGGUUACGCAUCUGCUCUCUCUGUUGCUGCUCCUGUUCGAGGAAGCACCGCUGCCAGGAGCGAGAUUGCAGAUCACAGCAUGAUUGUCAAUGCACACAAGAAUGGCUGGGUCACCAGCUUGGCUACCUCCAUGGAGAACCCCAACAUGCUCCUCUCCAGCAGCCGAGACAAGACCCUGAUCAUCUGGAACCUUACCCGUGACGAGACUUCCUACGGCUAUCCUAAGAGGUCGCUGAAGGGUCACUCGCACAUCGUUUCGGACUGCGUUAUCUCGUCGGAUGGCGCCUACGCCCUGUCUGCCUCGUGGGACAAGACCCUGCGCCUUUGGGAGCUCGCCACUGGCACCACCACCCGCCGCUUCGUCGGCCACACCAACGACGUUCUGUCCGUCUCCUUCUCUGCCGACAACAGGCAGAUUGUUUCCGGCUCGCGUGACCGCUCCAUCAAGCUGUGGAACACCCUGGGCGACUGCAAAUACACCAUCACCGAGAAGGGCCACUCCGAGUGGGUUUCGUGCGUGCGCUUCUCGCCCAACCCCCAGAACCCCGUGAUUGUCUCAUCCGGCUGGGACAAGCUUGUCAAGGUCUGGGAGCUCUCUAGCUGCAAGCUCCAGACUGACCACAUCGGCCACACCGGCUACAUCAACACCGUCACCAUCUCCCCUGACGGAUCCCUCUGCGCCUCGGGUGGCAAGGACGGCACCACCAUGCUUUGGGACCUGAACGAGUCCAAGCACCUGUACUCGCUCAACGCCAACGACGAGAUCCACGCCCUCGUCUUCUCCCCCAACAGGUACUGGCUGUGCGCUGCCACCGCCUCAAGCAUCAUCAUCUUCGACCUGGAGAAGAAGAGCAAGGUCGAUGAGCUCAAGCCCGAGUUCGCCGCCGUUGGCAAGAAGAGCCGGGAGCCCGAGUGUAUCUCGCUCGCCUGGAGCGCCGACGGCCAGACCCUGUUCGCCGGUUACACCGACAACAUCAUCCGCGCCUGGGGUGUCAUGUCUAGGGCAUAA